AUGAGGAUUGUGGAGGUAGUCAUAGACGGCUUCAAGUCGUACGCCGUCCGUACUGUCAUCUCCGGAUGGGAUGAGAGCUUCAAUUCCAUCACCGGUCUCAAUGGUUCCGGAAAAUCAAACAUCCUUGACUCAAUAUGCUUCGUCCUCGGUAUCACGAACAUGACGACCGUCCGCGCGCAGAAUCUGCAGGACCUAAUCUACAAGCGUGGUCAAGCCGGUGUCACGAAGGCUUCUGUCACCAUAGUCUUCGACAACUCGAACAAAAGCAAAUCCCCGAUCGGGUUUGAAGAGUACGCGCAGAUAUCCGUGACGCGUCAGAUUGUCCUCGGCGGCACCAGCAAGUACCUCAUCAACGGUCACCGUGCCCAGCAGCAGACCGUCCAGAACCUCUUCCAGUCCGUCCAGCUGAACAUCAACAACCCGAACUUCCUGAUUAUGCAGGGCCGCAUCACUAAGGUCCUGAAUAUGAAGGCUGUCGAAAUUCUGGCCAUGAUCGAGGAAGCCGCCGGCACGCGCAUGUUCGAGGACAGGAGGGACAAGGCAUUCAAGACGAUGGCGAAGAAGGACAUGAAGCUGCAGGAAAUUUCCGAGUUGCUGAAGGAAGAAAUUGACCCCAAGCUGGAAAAGCUCCGAGCCGAAAAGCGCGCCUUCCUCGAUUUCCAACAGACCCAGAACGAUGUCGAGCGGCUGACGAGGCUGGUCGUGGCGCACGACUAUCUCAAAUACCGAAGCAAGCUGGACAAGUCGGUGGAAGAUCUGGAGAGCAAGAAGCAGCGCGAAAAGGACCUCGAAGAGUCCGUGGAACGGAUGAAAAACGAGAUCGAACUGCUCAAAGAGGACAUCAAGAAGGUCAAGGGCGACAGAGAAAAGGAGUUGCGUAAGGGCGGCAAAUUCCAGGGCUUGGAAGAGGUAGUCAAGAAGCAUUCACACGAGGUGGUUCGAUUGACGACUGUCAUUGACUUGAAGAAAUCCGGCUUGGCCGAAGAAACGGACAAACGCAAGAAGCUUCAGAAAACCGUCGCGGAGCUCGAAUCCCAGCUCAAAGAAAAAAGCAAGAUUUACGAGCAGCUACAGCAGAAGUACAAUACCUCGCAUGCAGAACUGGCCAAGCAGACUGAGGAAGUUGAGAAGAAGGAAGAACUCAUCUCCACUCUCCAAACCGGUGUUGCAUCCAAGGAAGGACAGGAAACCGGUUACCAGGGUCAGCUUCAGGACGCACGAAAUCGCGCAAGUUCUGCGCAAACCGAACAGGAGCAGGCCAAACUCAAAAUUUCCCACUUGGAGAAACAGAUCAAAGAGGCGGAGCCGCGAGCGAAAAAGGCCAAAGAGCAGAAUUCGGGACUCCUCACCGAGCUGGAAGGCUUACGAAAGCAAGCCCAAAAGCUUGAGGGUGACCUUGGCAAGCUGGGCUUUGAACCCGGUAAGGAGGAGGACAUGUACAAGGAACAGGCACAACGGCAACAACGCAUUCGCGAGCUCAGGGAACAGUCCGAGGCCCUGAAACGAAAAGUUGCCAACAUCGACUUCAGCUACAGUGACCCUUCACCCAACUUUGAUAGGUCCAGGGUAAAGGGUCUCGUCGCUCAGCUCUUCUCUCUAGAGAAAGAGCACACCCGAGCCGGCACCGCUUUGGAGAUUUGUGCAGGUGGCCGUCUGUACAAUGUCGUCGUUGACACUUCUGAGACCGGUACUCAGCUUCUGCAAAACGGCAGAUUGAAGAAACGCGUCACUAUUAUUCCUUUGAACAAGAUUUCUGCUUUCAAAGCAUCAGCACAGAAAAUCGGCGCCGCUCAACGGAUUGCUCCCGGAAAGGUUGACCUUGCGCUAUCCCUCAUCGGCUACGACGACGAGGUUACAGCAGCGAUGGAGUACGUCUUCGGCUCCACGCUUGUCUGCGAGGAUGCUGAGACGGCAAAGCGUGUCACCUUCGAUCCCUCGGUCCGGAUGAAGAGCGUUACUCUUGAAGGUGAUGUCUAUGAUCCAUCGGGUACGCUUUCCGGAGGUAGCUCUCCUCAGACUAGUGGGGUUCUCGUCACACUUCAGAAGUUGAAUGAACUUGCGAGGGAGCUCAAGGCUCAAGAACAGGCUCUAGCUACGCUCUCGUCAACUAUGGCGAGGGAGAAGAAGAAGCUUGACGCUGCCAAGAAGAUCAAGCAAGAGCUUGACCUGAAGACACACGAAAUCAAGCUUGCGGAGGAGCAGAUCAGUAGCAAUUCGUCGGCUUCGAUCAUCCAAGCUCUCGAGGAGAUGAAGUUAACAGUCACCCAACUGAAGCAAGGCAUCAUUGACGCGAAAGUGCGACAUGAUGAAGCAUCCAAGGAAGUCAAGCGCAUCGAGCGUGACAUGAACGAGUUCAGCAAAAACAAGGACAGCAAGCUCGCCGAGCUUCAAAAGUCACUUGAUCAGCUCAAGAAGGCAUUGACCAAGAACAAUGCUUCCAUCAAACCCCUUCAGCAGGAGAUGAGGGACGCAAUGCUCGAGUCUGAGCAGUGUGGCAGUGAUCUUGCUGCUGCCCAGGAACAGUUGCAAGAUUCCAUCACGACCUUAUCCGCGCAACAAGAGGAGAUUGAUGGGCUUAUUCGAGAGCAAGCGACGGCAAAGGACGCACAUGAGAUGGCAGCCGCCCAGCUGGAGGACGAGCAGGCGAAGCUCACCGGGUUCGAUGAGGAGCUGCGUGCCCUCGAUGAUGCCAUAAGCUCCAAAUCCAAGUUGAUCACAGAGGACAGCCUCGAGCUACAAAAACUUGGCCACCAGAUCGAGAAGUUCGAUAAGGAACUUCAAGGCGCCAAGCAGGCUGUGUCGACGCUGGAACAGGAUCAUGACUGGAUCGUCGACGAGCAGGAGCAGUUUGGCCGACCCGGCACGGCGUAUGACUUCAAGGGCCAGAACAUGUCGGAAUGCAAAGCCACAUUGAAGAACCUCACGGAGCGCUUUGAAGGCAUGAAGAAGAAGAUCAACCCGAAGGUCAUGAACAUGAUCGACAGCGUCGAGAAGAAGGAGGUCUCGCUAAAGAACAUGAUGCGCACCGUCAUCCGCGACAAGCGCAAGAUCGAAGAAACCAUUCAGUCGCUCGACGCAUACAAACGCGACGCGCUUCAGAGGACGUGGGAAAAGGUCAACUCCGACUUCGGCAACAUCUUCAACGAGCUGCUUCCUGGCUCGUUCGCCAAGCUCGACCCGCCCGAGGGCAAGACGAUCGCCGACGGCCUCGAGGUCAAGGUCUCGCUGGGCAAGGUGUGGAAGCAGAGCCUGACCGAGUUGUCGGGUGGUCAGCGUUCGCUCGUCGCCCUGUCCCUCAUCAUGGCCCUCCUGCAGUUCAAGCCCGCCCCGAUGUACAUCCUUGACGAGGUCGACGCCGCGCUGGAUCUGAGCCACACGCAGAAUAUUGGACGACUGAUCAAGACGAGGUUCAAGGGUAGCCAGUUCAUCGUCGUCUCGUUGAAGGAUGGGAUGUUCCAGAACGCCAACCGUAUCUUCCGGACCAGGUUCAGCGAUGGUACCAGUAUUGUGCAGGCGCUGACGCCGGCGGACUUGAAGUAA